AUGCCUGCACUCAUUGAGUUGGAUGAUGGUGAGGGAAUGUUGAUCGUUUCUCAUCACCAGCAACAAGAUAGGAAUGAGAAGAAGAGGGUUAGUAAUCGGAAGGUCAUUGGGAAGGGAUCUAUCCUUUCGGCCAAGAAUGAGACUGAUACAUCAUCAAGAAAUCAAAAGAUUGCUUUUAAUCAAUUUUCAACUAGGAGAAAUGUUGGAGAGAAGAAGGAUUCGUACAAAAUAAUUGCAAAUUCGAUAUAUGUGGAUGCUAAUUGGAAUGAAUAUUUGGAGAAUUCAUUGAUAAUGAAUUUGAUUAGCCAAUUUUUGGAAUUGAAAGAUUUGUUGCAGUGUAUGGUUUAUGUUUCCAAGUCGUGGCAAGAUUUUGUGUUGGAAAAGUUCUCUGCAAAAUUCAAGGAGCAAUACGAAUUGGAAAAUGAAUUGUAUUUUUAUAGAAAGCUUAGGAUUGAUGUUGGGACGAGUGAUUUUAUGGACUCUUCUCAACAGCAAGAGGAAAUGGAAGAUGAGGAAGAUUCGAGAAGAGUGAAAUUUUCUGUGGAAAAGGAAGGAAGGGAAAUUAUUCCACCAGAAUUGAAAUAUGAUAGAAAUUCGAAAGGUAAAUUCCUCUUUUCUCCAAUGGACAAGCCAGAAAGAUAUGCACUCUUUGUGAGAUACACAUGCCUGAAUAGAGCUAGAGAAGCUAUUCAAAAAUAUAUCAAUUAUCUUUUGGAUGAAUACUCUCAAUGUUCUGGAAAGGAUGCUAAAAAUUUUAGACAAUUCAUUGGUUGGAAUGAUUGGAAUGUAUUUGAAAGAAAGAAUUUCCACCAGUCACUUUUGGAACAAGCCAAGAUAUGGUAUGCAUUUUCAUAUUCAUGCGAAAUUUCCAAGAAACUCACAGAACUUUUUGACAUGAGCAAGGAUGUAGUAAUAUUCAGUGGUACAUUUGCAAAUUUUGAUAUUGAAAUUAGAGUUGAAAAAUCAGGAAAGACUAGGGUUGUUUUCGAUGAUGUUGCUCAAUUUGAAGAAUUUCCAAUGAAAACUAUGGAAAAUUAUAAUUCCAUUACAUGGUUCGAUGAGGAGAGAUUUGUUUCCAAGCAGCAAAAUUCAAAGAGUUUUGAUAUGGUUGAUUAA